AUGUCGUUUCUUCGACGAAAACAAAAUAAUAGUAAUUCAAAAGUGAAAAUAGAUAUAAAUUCAAAUAAAGGAAAGGGAAAGCAAACCGAGAAGAUCAUUACCGAUGAACUCGAUUCGGUUUCACGGGAUGAAAUUCGAUCGGAAAUGAAUUUGAAAGGCAAGCAAGUUGAAACCGAAAAUAUCGAUGAAAUUCAACAGGAAGAAACAAGUGAAGAAACGCAUCAAGUUAUACAAAAUUCAAAUGCUUAUAACCAGUCAGACAAUUUAAUUGAUGUACAGAUUGAUAAUGUAAAUAACAAUGUAAUUGUCGCAUCAUCACCAUCAUCACCACAACAAAACAAGAUAAUUAUGAGAAUAAAACGAUUUUUUCGACGAAAGAAACCUGUUUCAAAUGAGACGGAAGAAAAUUCAAGCGUAAAUAACAAAGUGAAUGUUACAAAACAAAACAGGAUAAUAACAAUCCCAACAGAUUGUUUGCUUGAAAUAUACAAAUAUUUCUCAGACGAUCAAAGAACCUUAUAUUCUUGUCUUUUGGUGGACAAGCAUUGGUGUUCCAGCACCGUUCGAUUAAUUUGGAAGAGCCCGUUUCAAAAUAAAUGUUCCCCGGCUGUUAUUGACGUAUACCUGUCUUGUCUUUCAAAACACGAAAAAGAGAACCUUAUUGUAAAUAUAAAGAGUGAUGUGAUCCGUUCAAUUUUGACUAAGGAUGCAAUUUUCUACUAUGCUAAUUUUUUGCGUCAAUUAAACAUGAACAAUUUGCGCGUUGCUGUCGACGCAUGGGUCAAAGAACAUAAUCUCAUUGAAAGGCGAUCCACGGACCUAAUAUGUCGUGCUUUGUGCAGACUGUUCCUAACCAACUGCGAGAAUCUCAAAUCAUUAUGCUUAAAUUGGAAUCAUUCCAACAUUUCUGGAAAAUGGAAGAAAUAUCCAAUAUUUCCAUAUCAUCGAAAUGCAUCGACAUUUUUACAUGAAUUAAGCGAAUUAUCAAUUCAUCGCAUCAAUAAGCGUGACAUAUUCUUGGAUAUGGUGAAGCACUCCAAACAUCUUAGUAAAUUAGAAUUUUUGGAUUAUUGCUUCGAUAAUCUUCCAGACCAUCGACAAGAUUCCAUUUAUACGCUCAUAAAAGAUCAAUUCAAUUUACAACAUUGUAAAUUAUUUGCAUAUGGACUCUGUCCUAUAAUACCUAUGAAUGGUUUAAACUUUCAAAAACAUUCAUUAAUUCAUUUUGAAUUGAUCUACGCAAAAUUCACCUCUGGGAAUUCUCGUGAGGCUUUUCAAGCAUUAUCGACAUGUCGUAAUUUAAAAAUUUUAAUAAUCGAAUAUUGUUAUUUUGUCAAUCAAAUUGUUCUUCAACCUUUAAUUGAAACAAGCUUUCCACAUUUAUAUAAAGUUCAAUUCAAAAAUUUACAAAGUAGUGCGGCUGAGAUUUUUACUUGUAUCAUUAAAAAUAAUUCGACCUCUUUAAGAGUACUUCAUUAUUCUGACGAUGUUUCUCGUCGAUCAACAACGUAUCCAAUCUUGGAUGCGAUUGUAUCACAUUCCGCAUCAUCCCUUGUCUCGCUCACCAUUCCCUUUAAGAAUUGUCAAAACCCAAAUCUAAUGUAUAUUUUAUCAUACUUCACACAACUUCAAAGUCUUAAACUUAUUGGGUCUUAUGGUCAUGAAAGGUCAUUCGUAGAUUUCCUACCUGAAAUGGCAAGGAUGUUGCCGGUCAACUUACGACAUCUUAGUUUAGAUUUGAACUGGGUCAUAAUCAAUACCUUAUCCGAAUUUUUAACAAAUUUAAAAGCUCCACUUGACACUUUAUAUAUUACUGGAUGGUCGAGACAGAUUCGUAGCAAACAUGUCAAGAUGAUUGAAAAAUAUUUACGACAAAAUAAUCCCGGAUUGGGUUUAUACGAUUUUAUAAAAGACAUCACUUAA